CAUGCACUGCCACUCAAGCCCAUCUUCAUCACCACCGCCAUCCAAUAGUCUCGGUCUAGUUUUGCUGCAGAUCAUCAGGAUCUGGAUCCGUCGUACUUGAACGCGUCAGUCGCGCAUACAACAUGAUCUUGUCCGGGAGAUUACCGGCGGAAAUAAUCCUUGAAAUUCUAGCAUACCUUCAGCUCGAUUCAUUGGCAUCGUUCGCUGCCGUAUCUCGAAGCACAAAAAUCUUCAUUGACGCUAAUGAAUCCACGGUAUAUCGGAACGCUGCGGUGAUCCACGGCUUGAUAUCCUCAGAGGCCACCCAGCCGGCAGAUCUGCGAACAAAAUAUACUCCCAAGUCAAUGCAGGGCGUCGAUAGUUGGAAGUCCUUCUGCAGGCGUCAGAUCACUAUCAAGCGUGCAUGGAAAGGGAAAUCACCAUCAUCUGCGAGAAGACUAGCAUAUGCAUCCUUGCACAGGCAAGAUGUCCACCGCAUAAAAGUUGACGAGUGGGCCGGAAUCAUCAUCACCACGUACCGAAACGGUGGCCUUGCUGUAGCAGAUAUUGCUACCAACCGUGUACUGUGGUCUUUGCCAUCAUCGCAUGUUGUCCCACACGCUCAUUGCGAAUACGACAAAGGGUUUUUGAUCUUCAAUCGAGUAGGUCGGCGGAAGGAGGUUUGGCGGCUGGUUGAAGGUCAGAACGAGACAGUCCAGCCGACAUCAUCUUCGCCUCCGGACCAUACCCAGCAAGCAGCAUCCACCGAGGCUGCAACGGAACAUCAGAGUUCUUAUCCCAAAGGACAUUUCGUACCUUACAGCCUCAUCAUAACACCCACCAUGACCUAUGCAUUUCGAUUUGUCUAUCCGGUAUUGUUCGCCGCAACGGAAACAAACUUCUUCAUAUAUGAUAUUCCCGGCGGCAGGCUUCUACAGAGCAUUGUCAACUCUCCGGAAUCCCUUAUUCAUUUGCACUAUGUCGACAUCUCAGAGCGCCACCUCUUCCUUUGUGGCUGGCCCAACGUCGUUGUCUUCUCCCGCGAAACGGGGAAAAGCGUGCUCAAAAUCCCCUCCUACCAAUUGCAGUAUUCCAACAAGAUCUACUCCAUCUCCAAGCAGACUCACCCCGUCGCCGGAUCCGCCUUACUUCAUCACGACGUCGUCACUCGCCCGGCCGAGACUACACUUCCUUCCCAGGUAGCCCACCUAGCCGACACCUUCUCUGCGGUGCAUGUGUCGGCUUGCGGUCGGCAUAUCGCAGCACUCCUCUCCUCUUCACGCCUACUCAUCAUCCCUUACUUCGAGCGACUUAUUACAGGGGAAGCGGAGCUUCAGAACAUCAUCCUUGACAUUGAGCUAGGGUCAAGGUCGCGCAUCUCGAGGUACUUAGCGUUUGAAAAUGAGCGAGUCGCUGUGGUAACGGACACUGGAUUGUUCGUUGUUCAUUGGGACAUGGAGAAGCCUCCAGAGAUUUGCAGAGCUCCGAUUUUUGGAGUGAUGUCCGCUCUUCCGGAGGUGACAUGUUUACAAAUGACGGAUACGGGGUUGUAUCUUACAUGGAAGCACCCGAUCACGACCGAGGUCAACGAAGAGGUCUUUGAGCGGUUGCUAGAUGAGGAGGUCUCGUACACGAUGAGAGAUAACUUCGCUCAGCUUCUCGUUCAGCCCACCGUUGAGCCAGACGAGAUCGUAGAAUCACACGACUCCGCGGUAUGUAUGAUCGAUUUCGUUGUGCCGUGAUCUACAUGCAAAUCUCUUUGUUCCUUUAUCUACACAAUCUCUACAUACUUAGCAGUGGUCUUCGAUUCGGUGGUUGUGCCUAACUUGUGCUAUCAGAUGUUCAGACUGAAAUUCUGUCAAGUAUGAAAUAUCAUGGAUGUGUACAUGCGUUACUUUUAAGGUUUCCACGAGAUGUUUCUCGAGUCGGGUGACAACCUCGCAUUCUAUCACCAAUUUCUACAGAA